UGCAGGUCCUGUACUAGGGUAGUACUCCGCCGACUCAGGCUAAACACCAGUACCUCAUAUCUCCGAGCUCCUUGGCGGUGCGUAGCCUGUCGGUUUGCUGUGUCGUAUUCAUUUAAGCGAAUGCAAGUGUCGGCAGGUAUAGGGAUAAUGCUUAGCCUAUAGGAGCGUAAUCCUAGUCUCAGUUCACCAUGUCGCCACGUCACUCUACUGCUCAUUCUGGGAGGUUACACCUGGCUCAGCCAGACGUCACUGGGGAGGCCACACCCGACACAGGGAAGGGUCAGUGCAUAUACCUAUAGUCACAUCCAGGGCAUUUAGUCUACAGAUCCUGAACUGACCAUAUCAAACCAGAGAUUGACGGCACGGACUCAGCAUGACCGGACCCAAGUUGUCCGGAUGUAUGGCGCUAUUCUUAUUCCUGGUUGAAUACACAGCUGCAAAUUGUGCUUUGAAACUCGAUCUCGUGUUCAUCAUAGACGGUACGAGUGCCGUGUCCCCUCACGACUUCUCCAAACUCAAACAGGCGGUGCUCGCGCUUCUCAGGUGCAUGCACGAGCGAGACCAAGUACACGCGGGGGUGAUCGUAUACGGAUCAACACUGGCCCGUCCUAUACCCCUCUCCGGCGACAGGAACAAGCUGGUGGAGCUGGAGAAUAUCAAUCCACCCAUGGGAGAGCCAGAAACUCAUAUCGCACUGUUAAACGGAAGAGCGCUAUUCCGGAAACGAGGCAGGGCAGAAGUGAGGAAAGUUGCAGUUUUUGUUACAAGUGGAUUAGGAAAUUUUGUACAGGAGACUAUUCAACAGGCAGCGCAUGCGCGUGAAGAAGGAUAUAGAUUAUUUGUGGUCACUUUGGCGGAUGGCGUGGAGGGUGCUGAUCAGUUACCUUGGCAGCCAGGAGAUAUAUUCAAACUUAAAAAUGUCAAUGAAAUGGUUGAAGAACUCGGAAAAAUAGCAAGAAAAAUAUGUACUGUUGCCCAUGCCGAGCCCAUCAAACCCUUAGUCAGCAUUAUCAGCGCAAGUCCUCUGGCUAGGCCGCCAAUCAAAUCCCACGGGGAUAUCGCCGUAGCUCUCAGCAGGGGAAAUACGAACAUUGAUAUAAAAGGUGCGUGUUCCGAGAGUAUCAUGGUGGAAGGCGUUGGCUACGCCCGUCAUCCUACAGAAUGUGAGAAGUUCAUCCAGUGCUUCCUAAAGGAGAGUGGGGUGUGGUACAACAAGGUCCAGUCCUGUGGGGUGGGCGAAUUCUGGGACCACGCCCUCCUGGCAUGUCGAAUAGCUGAAGUAGUUGACUGUCCAAACGAUAGGUGCAAGGACCCAUCCGUGACGUCAGUGCCUCACUCUGACAAUUGUAGGGCGUACUACCAUUGUGAGACGGGCCGUUCCGUAGGACAGUGCUGUCCAAAUGGGUCAUCCUUCGUUUCAGAACGAGGCUGUGUAAACCAUACCACGUGUUCUCAGGAAUGUCAACUGGAAGUGAUACCAAAACCAGGCUUCUGUGACAGAGCGCCUGUGUUUGGCAGACCGAAAGUCUACAGUCAAUACGUCGGCACCGGAUCGUUCUGGAUAGAGAUGCUCUGCGCAAACGGAAGUUGGUACAACGACCGGAAAUGCGGCUGUUUUGAGAAGAUAAUGAAACCGUGGGACACUGAAAUUAACAACAGAAAUUCCAUCUGUAGGCCGGAAGUCUACCUACCUUUCUGUGGCGGACUAAUGGACCAAUCUGGACAUGACAACGUCAUCGAGAACGAGGGUGACCGCGUUUUUGUCAUUGACGGGAAGGCUUAUUUCAACGGUCACUCCACUCUCUAUAUUCCAAGCUUCUCGGACGCUCACUACGGAGACUCGGUCGUCAUCAAGCUCAAGUAUAAGAUGGCAAACAGAACACCAGAGGGGGGAGGUGACCACACAGAGCAAUAUGGUGACUUCGACUACUACAACUCAAACGAUGAAAGCUACGGGUUUAACGAUGAGUAUGACCAAGACGAGGACGACAAACUUUACCGCACAAUGGCGCUCGUCUCCAAUGGCGACUGUGACAACGACUACACGUGGUCUGGUUCGUGUUACGAGAACCCAACCAUCACUAUUGCGACGAAUAGACGGACAACCAUCUUUGACGUCCAAACGUCCGAGGACGAGCACGAAACGCAGAUGGAGGUGCACAAAAAACACGAUAAAACCCUUCACGAUGACGUGGAUUAUUAUGAUGACGAAUAUUACUCCUAUCUGUUUGAGAACAGGUUCCACGACGACUCCAACAACUGUACCAACGACACGUGGGAUGACGAAUGGCGGACUGUAAUGUUCCUGGUCCAUAACAAUACAUUCAGCGUUUACGACAACAACCUUCACGACCAAAGUCCAGUUUCUGGCUUCGUGAAAACUACGUCAGCAGGACUUCAGUUUGGCCAGGGUUCGGGCUUCAGAAACUUCAAAGGAUACAUGGACGAGAUCUACGUGUAUCUGUGCAGGCCAGACGAUGCCAUCCUGUUCGAUAAUGUCAACAAUACUGAAACUGGUUAUACGACAUCUGAAUUAAAUAUUGAAGAAGCAACCAGAGAGAUAUAUCCAGAUGUGAGAACGUAUCCGAAAACUUCGAUCGGAACAACAGAAGUAGAGAUAUCACGUGACGCUUUGGUCAGCAGGAGUUCAGUGAUGACGGAGUCGACUGUAACAGAAUAUGAUCAGCUUUAUCUUACACGCAUCAUAGCAGAGGCAUUGGAUUCAGAGUUUUCUACUACAACAGAAACGAUGGAUUUACCGGAAGUGACAUCACUCGAAGAUAAUUCAACGUCAUUUAAAGAAUCAGUAACAGCAUUUUUCGAUUCGGAAGCAACUUUAAAGAACAGUGCAUCAACUUUAAGCAUAACAUCGUCUUCAAUCAUAGAUAUAACAUCAUCAUCUGAAACCGAAAUAACAUCAAAUUCAUUAAGUGAUUCCUCAUCAAUGUCUAGUGACGCCAAACAGCCGAUAGUAGGAAAUACAGAAACAUUCAUCGAAACAUCAUCAAUUGCUUUAAAUACAAGUUAUCAAACAACUUUUGUACCGGCAGUAAAAGACUACUCUACUGGAAGUAAACUUCCAUUAAUCGAUGGAGAGUUGAAAAAUCUAAAUAACGUCACUUCCGUUACUGAUAUGUUGGAAAGAAGUGAUUCAUAUAAUAGCUCAUAUGAAUAUAACAUAACUACCCAAUCACCUUUUGUUGAUAAUACAAAAGUUACUGACAAUAUAACAAUACCUAAUAUCACACUACGUGACAUCGUUCUUAAAAAUAACUCAUUAAUAUCGUUAAUUACAGGUAAAAAUAUUGAUUUAAAUUCGAAAAAAAAUGCUUCAAACUUAGACCUUGGAAACGAAACAUUACAGUUACUAAACAAUAGUGAAAGUAAAGGAAAUCAUUGCUGUAUUAAUUCUAAUUUACACGGUGCUACAGGAAUGCACAACCAGACUGCUCAAAGCGUUCUCAAGACAAAUGGUGCUAUUAUCCACAACGAAAAUGGUCAACAUAGUGAUAACGAAGGCCGUAUAGCCGGAAACAAUAGUCUUACAAUGGCUAUACAAACUACUGACCGCCCGACCCCCGGGGAUACUACCGUCCCGGGAUCUGCAGUAACUCAAUCGUUUAAAUUUACAAAUUGGCUAUUUGCCAAGUAUGGAAGUGAUUAUCGUAGCGAGAAUGGACGAUCACGUGGGACUGACAGCGAGACUAACGUGACUAGUUCGAGACCAGAAAACUGAUUAUACUUUAAUAAAGAUAUUUUUGUA